AUAAAUGGCAGGGUUGUUUCAAAAUAUUGUUUCGUGUUUUAGACUGGACAAAGCAACAUGAAGAGCGCAAUUGUGGGAGUAUUUGUACUUUUGACGUUUACUAGUGUGAAGGGACAAGACCGCAUCCAGGAUGCUGGAGAUUUGAGCGCACAAGACAUCAGAGACGUUAUCUUGGAUGAAAUGAACAGACUGCGUACGCUUGUUGAACCUGGACCGCCAUCGAAUAUGAACUUAUUGAAAUGGAGUGAUACUUUAGAAGUAUGUUCAAUGAAGCACGCUGUGACAUGCCCGAAUGCACAUGAUGGUUUUGAGUGCGUGAUGGCUUCUGAAAACAUGUUUGGGAUCAACUGGCCUAUAACAAAAGAAAAGUUAGAGUAUAGGGUGAAUGGCUGGUGGAAUGAGAUAAAUAACCCUGGGUAUAACUGGUACAUUGCGCAGGCAGUCGACGGGCAGUGGGCAUCAACGGGGCACUACACAAAUCAAGACGGGGCUAGAGUUACUGAAGUUGGUUGUGGUUUAUUUGAUUGUUCCUCACAGCAAAAGCCAAGUAAUUUGGUCUGCAAGUAUCGCUCAACCUUUACGGAUCUUGGUGACUAUGUAAAGAAAGUAUAUCAGCUUUCCAACGGUACCUCUCGUUUAUAUGAAGUCGGAGAACCCUGUACAAAUUGUCGCUAUGGCAACGGUUGGUGUUACAAGAAAUUGUGCGUCGAGGAGUGUCCACCAGGAACUAAAGAGUCUGGAGAAUGCAAAUGUGCCUUGGUUGACCGGUGCAAUGAGGGAAAUCUAAAUCCAGAUACCUGUCAAUGCGAAUGUGACCGCAACAACGUCGGACUGAAAUGUGACAGAAGCUGUAGGAAUUUUGGAAACUGCAAAACUGUUGACUGUAACGAUCCAGUGAUUGCAAGAACGAAAUGCCCGGGGGCAUGUGGGCAAUGCGAUUGCGUUGAUAACGGUGAAUGUGUUCACGGCAGCUUCGAUACAUCUCCGAACGUUUGCGACUGUGUUUGUGAAAACUCCUGGGAAGGAAGCGCAUGCGACGUAUGUAAUCCAUUUGAGUGUACAAAUGGGGGAAAACCAAUGCAGUGCAACCUGUUUUCCAAAGUGCAUGAAGAUGUAUCUGAAAGAUUGUCCCAACCUAUCGGGCAUAUUGCGAUGUGAGAAUGGUGGAACGUUUAACAUUACCAACUGCGCAUGUGACUGUGUGACGGGCUAUGCAGGUGACUUAUGCGAGACAGUUGACUGUAGUGCUGGAGCCGCCACCAAUGAAUGGCCCUGCUAUAACCACGAUGAGGCCGAUAGUGUACACAGAUGCGGCAAUUCGUGGUUUAGAAACCUAUGUAUUUCAACUUGUGAUGAAAACUGUAACAAUACAUAGUAAUGGAAACCCUUGAGAGAAUUGCUUAGAUGAUUCGGGAUAUUUGCAGAUAUAGUAUAAUGGAAUUGGCAUUCUUGAUCAAGAUGAAGUCAAUAAAAAGAUAAUAAAGCAAUUCAUAAUGGUGAUCGAUUGUUGAAUAUUUAUUUUAAAUUAGACUAACGAAACGCGCGUCAUUACAGAGUUCGACCCAAAGCACAACAAAGCUUGGACAAUUGUUGACCCUAAGGUACAGAAGGCCGUCAUCGAGGAAAUGCAUCGAGGUAAUGCUUUUCAAUCGCAAAGUUUUCGCGAAUCGCAAACAAGAAUCCAACCAUUGAUUUGGUGCAUUUGCAACGUCG